AUGCCUGAUAGAAAACACAAACCAUCCCUGUCCAAGGAUGGAGUUGCUAAACGACAAAGAAAACCUCUGGUUUCCCCUCAAGCGGACAGUACAGGCGAAGAACCCAGUUCUGAGGAACUCAAAGAGAUAUCCUCUGAGAGUAUCACAAUAGCAAUCUUCUGUGCUCUGCCGUACGAGACCGUCGCAGUUAAAUACAGUCUGGAUGAAGCAUACACUUGUCGUCUGAAAAGCAUAGGGCCGAAGAAAUAUGUGUACUCUUUCGGGCGCAUUAAGGACCAUUAUAUUGUCAUCGCCCGAGCCAAUGAAAUGGGGCCUGUGAAGUCCGCGCAAUGUGCAACAGCUGUCAGCCAACAAUUCCCAAAUGUUCGAUUUGCCUUGAUGGUCGGAAUUGGAGCCGGUAUUCCGAAUCUCCCAAAGCGUGAUAUCCGACUGGGAGAUAUCGCGGUCAGCAUCCCUAAAGAUGAUCAUCCUGGGGUCAUACAGUAUGACUUUGGCAAAUACGAGCAAGAUGGAUUUGUUCGAAAAGGAUCUCUUGAUAAACCUCCAUCGAUACUCAUCAAUGCAGAUGGAUCGCUGGAAGAAGAUGACAUGAUGAAGAAAAAGCCACUUCGAAAGAUUUUGAAACAGAUCACCAAGAAUCCUGAAUUUGCAUGGCCUGGUGUAGAUGAUGUUCUCUUUGACUCAGGCUUUCAUCAUGUUGAUAAGGGGGCUGAUUGCAGCGGAUGUGAGGCAUCCAGUGAAAAGAAGCUUAUACCACGACCUAGACGCCAGCAUCGGCAGCCCGUGGUUCAUCGAGGUCUUAUUCUUUCAGGCAAUGGGGUUAUCAAAAACCCCGAAGAUCGGGACCGGUUACGUCGGGGUUAUGAUACUGCAAUUUGCUUUGAAAUGGAGGCAGCUGGCAUUAUGGAUGAGAUUCCAUGCCUAGUGGUCCGAGGAAUAUGUGACUACGCCGACACCCAUAAACAAGAUGGAUGGCAUUAUUAUGCUGCGGCUGCUGCGGCGGCCUAUUGCAAGGCCCUUCUCUGCAGAGUUGAUGGUCAGGAUGUGGAAGAGGCGAGAAGUAUGAGAGAAUUGAUUGAAGGAGUGAAAGGCUUGUCUGCAGGAAUAAAGGACAUCCAAGAAGCCCAGAGCCUUACUCAUAACGUCAUCAAUGAUAUAAACCAAAAUGCUAUUCUGGAAAAGCUUCAUUCCACAGAAGGAGCUUUCUUCGACUCCUACAUGGAUGAGGAUGAGGGCGAAUGCCUUACUGGAACCAGAACGGAGCUCCUACAGGAAGUUGCUGAGUGGGGCAUUUCCCCUCAGAGUCAGCGCAUUUUCUGGUUGAAUGACGGCCGCACAGUAGCUUCAGGCUCUGAUGAUGACACUGUCCGACUCUGGGAUGCCGCCACAGGAGCAGAACUCCACACUCUUGAAGGCCAUUUUGAUUUCGUGAACACUGUGGCCUUCUCUCCAGAUGGCCGCACAGUAGCCUCUGGCUCUGGUGAUGACACUGUCCGACUCUGGGAUGCCGCCAUAGGAGCAGAACUCCACACUCUUGAAGGCCAUUCUUAUUCUGUGAAAACUAUGGCCUUCUCUCCAGACGGCCGCACAGUAGCCUCUGGCUCUGAUGAUAAGACUGUCCGACUCUGGGAUGUCGCCACAGGAGCAGAACUCCACACUCUUGAAGGCCAUUUUGAUUUCGUGAACACUGUGGCCUUCUCUCCAGAUGGCCGCACAGUAGCCUCUGGCUCUGGUGAUGACACUGUCCGACUCUGGGAUGCCGCCAUAGGAGCAGAACUCCACACUCUUGAAGGCCAUUCUUAUUCUGUGAAAACUAUGGCCUUCUCUCCAGACGGCCGCACAGUAGCCUCUGGCUCUGAUGAUAAGACUGUCCGACUCUGGGAUGUCGCCACAGGAGCAGAACUCCACACUCUUGAAGGCCAUUUUGAUUUCGUGAACACUGUGGCCUUCUCUCCAGAUGGCCGCACAGUAGCCUCUGGCUCUGGUGAUGACACUGUCCGACUCUGGGAUGCCGCCACAGGAGCAGAACUCCACACUCUUGAAGGCCAUUGUGGUUCUGUGAACACUGUGGCCUUCUCUCCAGACGACCGCACAGUAGCCUCUGGCUCUGGUGAUGACACUGUCGGACUCUGGGAUGCCGCCACAGGAGCAGAACUCCACACUUUUAAGGGCCAUUCUGGUCCUGUGAAUGUUGUGGCCUUCUCUCCAGACGGCCGCACAGUAGUCUCUGGCUCUAAUGAUAAGACUGUCCGACUCUGGGAUGCCGCCACAGGAGCAGAACUCCACACUCUUAAGGGCCAUUUUGAUUUUGUGAACACUGUGGCCUUCUCUCCAGACGGCCGCACAGUAGUCUCUGGCUCUGGUGAUGAGACUAUCCGACUCUGGGAUGCCGCCACAGGAGCAGAACUCCACACUUUUAAGGGCCAUUCUGGUCCUGUGAACACUGUGGCCUUCUCUCCAGACGGCCGCACAGUAGCCUCUGGCUCUGGUGAUGACACUAUCCGACUCUGGGAUGCCGCCACAGGAGCAGAACUCCACACUCCUAAGGGCCAUUUUGAUUUCGUGAACACUGUGGCCUUCUCUCCAGAUGGCCGCACAGUAGCCUCUGGCUCUGGUGAUGACACUAUCCGACUCUGGGAUGCCGCCACAGGAACAGAACUCCACACUCUUAAGGGCCAUUUUGAUUUUGUGAAAACUGUGGCCUUCUCUCCAGACGGCCGCACAGUAGUCUCUGGCUCUGGUGAUAAGACUGUCCGACUCUGGGAUGCCGCCACAGGAGCAGAACUCCACACUCUUAAGGGCCAUCCUGGUCCUGUGAACACUGUGGCCUUCUCUCCAGACGGCCGCUCAGUAGUCUCUGGCUCUUAUGAUGACACUGUCCGACUCUGGGAUGCCGCCACAGGAGCAGAACUCCACACUCCUAAGGGCCAUUCUUAUUCUGUGAAAACUGUGGCCUUCUCUCCAGACGGCCGCACAGUAGCCUCUGGCUCUGAUGAUAAGACUGUCCGACUCUGGGAUGUCGCCACAGGAGCAGAACUCCACACUCUUGAAGGCCAUUUUGAUUUCGUGAACACUGUGGCCUUCUCUCCAGACGGCCGCACAGUAGCCUCUGGCUCUUAUGAUGACACUGUCCGACUCUGGGAUGCCGCCACAGGAGCAGAACUCCACACGCUUGAAGGCCAUGCUGGUUCUGUGAACACUGUGGCCUUCUCUCCAGACGGCCGCACAGUAGCCUCUGGCUCUGAUGAUGACACUGUCUGGAUCUGCACAGACCGCCGCUGCCAGUAUGCCGUCUCUCCCGGGACCCUGAUCCAUCACCUCCGCGACCGUCACCGCUCCCAUCCCACGGCGGCCAUGGCGGCCCUCCGCCAGGCCGCCCUGACGGAGAUGCUGAAGCGGCCCUGGAUCGACCCCAGCCAGGAGGCCGGUCCGCUCCCACCCCCCGGGGGGCUUCCCGUGGAGGGGCUGCCCGUCUACCAAGGCUAUGGCUGCCCACACUGCCCCUAUGUUUGCCGGACCGCCCAGACUCUGCAGGGCCAUCGCAGCUAG